ACUGUUAGCUUCGGCUGUUAACGUUAGUUGCUACGGUCAUCUCUUGUUACCUACACGUUGACUGUAAACAGCUACUAAGAUUUUACUUUUUUAUAUAUGUCAAUGACUUUUUAGCAUGGACUUCCGAUAGUUUAUUUUAAUUAUAUGAACAAGCAGUGCAACCUUUUAUAUACAGUCUAUGAGUGUAACCCGACUUUUAAAAAAAAAAAAAGUCGCAGUCAAAAUGUCAUGUUGGAACCUUGGUUGGAGCUCAUGGAGUUAGCUAGUGUUAGCUAAGCUAAUGUUAGCAACGGCCAAUUUUAAGCAAGACGACUAAUUUAUUACUGUGUAGUCUGUCGGGAACAGGUAAGAGACUGAAUAUAUCAAGAUAACAGCGACUUUAAAGAACACAAUGAUUAAGUGUUUGACUAAAGAGGUUCAGGGGAAACUUCGCUCCGGUGUCGCUAUCCCCUCGCUUCAGCAGUGUUUAGAGGAGCUUAUCCUAAACAGCAUCGAUGCAGAGGCGACCUGUGUGGGAGUCAGGAUGGACAUGGAGGCGUUCAAAGUUCAGGUAAUCGACAACGGUGCCGGGAUAAACGCUGAGGAUAUGGAGUGCGUGGGAAACCGAUACCACACAAGCAAAUGCAGAUCUGUUGAAGACCUGGACAACCUCCGGUGGUAUGGUUUCAGAGGAGAAGCACUGGCAAGUUUAGUUUCUCUCGCCACACUAGUUGAAAUCUCAUCCCGGACCAGAUCAUCAGUGAAAACUCACGUUAAAAUCUUCAAGGAUGGCAAGGGCAUGGAUGUGUUUGAAGCAGAUAAUGCUCGACCCUCCGCGGGGACAACUGUUGUUAUUUGUAACUUCCUCCACAACAUGCCAGUCCGGAGGAAGAGGAUGGAUGCAGUCCUGGAGGGUGAGAGGAUCAGACACAGAGUGGAGGCUAUUUCUCUGAUGCAUCCCUCUGUGUCUUUCACCCUGAAGAACGACUGCACAGGAGCCAUGAUGGUGCAGCUUCCUAAAGCUAGAAACACCUACCAUAGGUUUAUUCAGAUACACAGUCUUGGACGAGCACAGAAACUUGGAGAAAUCAGCUACACACACGGACAGUUUGAAGUGAUUGGUUACAUUGGCAAAGAAGGCCACUACAACAACAGCUUACAGUUCCUGUACGUAAAUGACAGACUGCUGCUGAAAACACGGAUACACAAGCUCCUGAACUUUCUCCUACGCAGACUGAGCAGUUCAAAUCAGAAAAAUGGCAGUCCAGAUGGGCAGUCUGCUAUCAGGAGUCCAAAGCACAAACGAAGCCAAGAACUGCAUGGAGUAUACAUCAUCAAUAUUAAAUGUUCUUACUCAGAUUAUGACAUAUGUCUUGAGCCUGCCAAAACUCUAAUAGAGUUCAAAGAUUGGGACCGCAUUUUGCUCUGUAUCGAAGAGGCAGUAAAAGCAUUCCUGAGCAGGGAGAAUUUGGUGGCGGAGCUUUCUCAAGAAGACUUGGACUACUUGCCUCCCGAACUGUUUAGCGCACACAAUACAGAUAGUGGCAAUGGUGGUCAAGCAACUAGCAGUGCUUCCACACUAGAUUGCAGUAUUGGAAUGAAACUGGCAUCUGAUCCUGUUCAUCGAAAGAGCAAAGAUGACCGUUUAUGUGAGGACAAUGUUAGCCGGGAGUCUGGUCAGAUGGAGUGCAAAGAAGAGACUGAACAACAGGGGAAGAAAAAGAUAACUGCAGAUGAGUUUUUAAAGAUAAAAAGUGAAGGAAGCAUAAACAAAGAAUAUAGAUAUGAGCCACAGUGUGAUCUGGCUAGACUUGAACCUACAUCUGAUAAUCACAUUACUGAAGAAGUGGAGCCAACAUUCAGUGAAGCAGGGGAAGGCUCUCCAAUCUUAUGUAUGUCAAGUUCAGUCAGACAACUAGAAAGUGAAAAACAGGAACUCUCAAAAGAAAAAGAAAUACAAUUAAAUAAUGCUACCUCAACCAGCAACAUGACUUCACUAGACAGCAUCACUCAACAUAUUCAGCCUGAUUUAAACAGAAUUGAGCAACAGUUACCGGACUGCCAGAGUGCAGGAGGACAUGAACAUACUUUAGUAAGUAACCGAAAGAUCAGUUUGUCUGAUCCAUACGUUCACGAAAAGCUGCUGACUCAGGACCUGUCCCAAAUCAACAAGUCAGUAUUUCUAUGUAAAGAGAGAUCCCUUGCAUCAAAACGCAAAAUCUCACUGCAUGCAGGCAAUGACAGAAUUUGUCAGAAACCAUGCAAAGACUUCACUCCUAUCAUUCCCCCAAAAAUUCCCAGACUUGCAACUUGUCAAAAAUUGGCCUUAUACAAGGAGUCUGGAUCCCUUGAGAAGUUUAGAAGAGUAUAUGGAAAAUCUGAUGAACUAAAAUUACCCUAUCAAGAAACUCAGAAUAACACUAGACUUCCUCAUACAGACAGCUUUGUCUUGAAUUCCCAGAAUUUGUCGGUUUGCCGGAAAGAUCAGCAAAAUGGUGGAGUUAUAGAAACAGAAACAGAAGAGACACAGAGCAUCCUUCGAAGCCCACCAACCCUCUCAGCAUUCACCAGGUUAAAACCAGUCUCAGGGCAGAAUAGAGGCAAAACCUCUUUGGCAGCUAAACUCAACCAUUUGAAACAACACAGGACAGAUGAUUCAAAAGUAUUAACACACCUGUCCAGGACUGCUUUGCAGGACAAUACCUGUCAUAGUAGUAAUGAUGGUAGCCAAGACAGCAGUAACAACGAGAAUGACUGUGGUUUGAAUCCUGAGCCAGUCCCAGGUUGCAGGACAGAUCCUCUGCUGGCUGAGAAGGAAGAGGCUACGACAUCGGGGGACUGGCUUCAUCACUACGAUACAUCUGUGGGAAAGACAGUUUACGUCAACAAAGUGACUGGACUCAGCCGAUACGAAGACCCACCUACUGAAGAAACACAAGUGCGCUGUACAUCUGAUGUCUCCAAUAUGGCCGUUAUCAUCUCUGAAACAGGGAUGGAACAUAGAUGCUACCCAUUUCAGGUGGAUCUAGUGUUGCCCUUCCUACCAAAAUCCAGGACAGAGAGAGUGAUUAGUUCAGGGCUUGAUGACAGAGAUGCCAAUGGUAAGAGCUCCAACUCACUUACGUUGUUGUACUCAAAAUGGAAUAAUCCCGUAUUUGUUCGACCUCCUACGGUUGGUGUGGACAUAUCAAGUGGGCAAGCUGACGGACUGGCUGUCAAGAUCCACAACAUCCUGUUUCCAUACCGUUUUUCUAAGGCCAUGAUUUGUUCAAUGAAGGUUAUUCAUCAAGUGGAUAAAAAGUUCCUUGCAUGUCUUAUCAAUACAAGAGAGGAAGAGCCUGCAGCACUCAAUGAAACUGAAGGAAACCUUCUGGUGCUGGUGGAUCAACACGCUGCACACGAGAGAGUUAGACUUGAAAAUCUAGUUGCAGAUUCCUAUGAGGAUGACCCAGAUGCACCAGGGGAGAGACGUCUGUGUUCAUCAACCAUUUUGCCACCUCUCGAGAUCAGUGUAACAGAAGAAGAGCUUAGGCUGCUUAGGUCUUGUCAGGCACAUUUGCGUUGUUUGGGCCUGGAAGUGAAGUUCUCACAGGAAGCAGAUCCACACGUUUUUGUAAGGAAGGUACCACUGUGCUUCAUGGAAAAGGAGAGUAAUGAGAUCAGGCGGGGGAGACCAUCUGUUAUCAAGCCUAUUGUUGAGGAGUAUCUUCAAGAGCAGAUUGAGUUACUCCGCUCAACUGGUCGAGUGAGAGGAACUCUGCCUCUCACUGUGCUGAAGGUGCUAGCCUCCCUAGCAUGCCAUGGUGCCAUCAAAUUCAAUGACAGCCUGAAUAGAGAUGAAUGCUGCAGCUUGGUGGCGUCCUUGUCUGCCUGCCAGCUGCCCUUCCAGUGUGCCCAUGGCCGUCCCUCCAUUGCUCCCUUAGUAGACACCCUCCAUUUGGACAAAGACGAGCAGGAAUUCCAGAAACCCAACCUCCAAAAGCUAAGAAGAAUGUAUAAGGCGUGGGAACUAUAUGGAAAUAGAUAAGUGGGAGCUCUGCCGAGACAUGAGUGUUGAAGACACUCCAUUUGUUCCAACAGUCACUGCAAUUUCCUCUACCCCAGAUUUCCAGUGGAUG